AUCCAAAAGGCGAGAAGGGAAAGAAUGCCGGGCCAGAACAUGAUGGAGGAGAUAGAUUGCGGGAGCUUCUUCGACCAAAUCGACGACCUGCUCGACUUCCCCAACGACGACGUGGAGGCCGGGCUGCCCCCCAUCGACCGCGACUCCUUCCCCUCCAUCUGGUCCGCCCACCCGGACUCGCUCCCCGUCUCCGGCUCCGUCUUCGGUGCCCACCACCACGACUCGGACCUCUCCGUCCCGUAUGAAGACAUUGACCAGCUGGAAUGGUUCUCCCCCUUUGUGGAGGGUUCCUUCUCCGGCGACGCCCUCGCCAUCAACGAGCAAGAUUCGUCGGAAACCCAGCCGGCGAACCACGCUCAGUUCCAGACCUCGAGCCCCGUGUCCGUCCUCGACAGCAGCAGCUCCUGCACGGACGAGAAGACGGCCCCGCGCAGCCCCGAGGCCAUCACUCUUGCCCGGUGCGGCCGCGCUCGCAGCAAGCGUCCUCGCCCCGCCACCUUCAAUCCGCGCCCGCCGGUGGUGCAGCUCAUCUCGCCCACGUCCUCGGUCGGGGAGAACCUGCAACUGUUUGAUUCGGAGAGCCAUGUAGAAUCCCGUCCCAUGAUCAAGAUCCCGAGGCAGGUCAAUCCGGAGCAGAAGAAGAAGAAGAAGAAGAUCAAGUUCACUUUGUCGACGGCGUCUGCGGCCGCGGCCGAUGCCAGCCAGAACUUGGCUCCCGCGCAAGCGGUCAGGAAAUGCAUGCACUGCGAGAUAACCAAGACCCCGCAGUGGAGGGCCGGACCCAUGGGGCCGAAGACCCUGUGCAACGCGUGCGGCGUGCGUUACAAGUCUGGCCGGCUCUUCCCCGAGUAUCGCCCCGCGGCGAGCCCCACGUUCGUCCCGGCAUUGCACUCGAAUUCUCAUAAGAAGGUCCUGGAGAUGAGAACCAAGGUGGGCGAUCCGGAGGCGAUGGCCAAUCCUCCGGAGCUGAUCCCGAAUCCCGCCAUCGAGAUGGAGUAUAUGUGAGGGAGGGAGGGAGGGAUGUCAAGAACAACGUUCCUCGAACAAAACUAUAUGUCUUUCAGGGCCUCUUUUUUUUUCUGGGGGAGAUAUUUCCUCGAGUUGAUUUACAUUAAUUGGGUUAGCGUCAUUUCAUUUCUUUGUUCAUUGGUUAUUGUACAGGGAAGAGAAAGCUGGUGGGGGCUAGAGCAAUAGGUGAUCCCAUAAUAUGUUAGUUUGGGUGGAGAAAGAUGGAAAGCUUUAAAGGGUGUUUAGAGUCGUCAAUGGUUUAGGAGUAUCGGGCAGGUCUUAGUUAGUGUCGUCCCUAGGAAUUUCUAGUGUUUUCUUUUGGUGUUGUGUUUUUCUUUCUUUGCAUAUUCCUUUUGCAGUCUCUGUUCCUCUUCAAGGGAUAUUCUUUUUGCAGUCUCUACUUGUAGUCGAAAAUUCUGAGUUGAGUAAUGAAAUCUUGAAGUGUUCCCCUCUUAUAA